AUGGUAGAGUUCGCGCCCUUGUUUGUGCCGUGGGAGCGCAGGCUGCAGACACUUGCUGUCCUACAGUUUGUCUUCUCCUUCUUGGCACUGGCCGAGAUCUGCACUGUGGGCUUCACAGUCCUCCUGUUUACAAGAUUCUUGCUCCUUGCUGUCCUGUAUGCGGCCUGGUGGUACCUGGACCGAGAUAAGCCACCGGGGGGCCGGCACGUCCAGGCCAUCAGGUGUUGGACUCUAUGGAAGUACAUGAAGGACUAUUUCCCCAUCUCGCUGGUCAAGACUGCUGAGCUGGACCCCUCUCGGAACUACAUUGCGGGCUUCCACCCCCAUGGAGUCCUGGCAGUCGGAGCCUUUGCCAACCUGUGCACUGAGAGCACGGGCUUCUCUUCGAUCUUCCCCGGUAUCCGCCCCCAUCUGAUGAUGCUGACCUUGUGGUUCCGGGCCCCCUUCUUCAGAGAUUACAUCAUGUCUGCAGGGUUGGUCACAUCAGAAAAGGAGAGCGCUGCUCACAUUCUGAACAGGAAGGGUGGCGGAAACUUGCUGGGCAUCACUGUAGGGGGUGCCCAGGAGGCCCUGGAUGCGAGGCCUGGAUCCUUCACGCUGUUACUGAGGAACCGAAAGGGCUUCGUCAGGCUCGCCCUGACACACGGGGCACCCCUGGUGCCAAUCUUCUCCUUCGGGGAGAAUGGCCUAUUUGACCAGAUUCCCAACUCUUCUGGCUCCUGGUUGCGCUGUAUCCAGAAUCGGUUGCAGAAGAUCAUGGGCAUCUCCCGCCCACUCUUUCAUGGCCGUGGUGUCUUCCAGUACAGCUUUGGUUUAAUAUCCUACCGCCGGCCCAUCACCACUGUGGUGGGGAAGCCCAUCGAGGUACAGAAGACGCUGCAUCCCUCGGAGGAGGAGGUGAACCAGCUGCACCAGCGCUAUAUCAAAGAGCUGUGCAACCUCUUCGAGGCCCACAAACUUAAGUUCAACAUCCCUUCUGACCAACACUUGGAGUUCUGCUGAGCCCAAAGGGCAGGGCCAACAUUAGGGAGCCCAGCAGGAGGUGCUGUGCUAUGAGAAGACUUCCUGGAGGUGUUUGUUGAACAUAUCUGCAGAGCCUUCCCAGACUCCUGCAAACCCAACCCAUAUCAGGCUGUAAGUCAGAGCAGGCAACACAGAAGAGGAGACCAGACUCUGGCACAGCAAUCUGCACUCCUGCUGCAAGACCUCUGCAAGCCUCCUGCUCCUUGGCUUCUGUCUGCUCAUCAGUGAAAUGGGAGAGAGGGCUGGAGGAGAAUGGUUUCUGAGGUCUCUGUUCUCUGUUGUCAUGUCACUCAAACAUUAUAAAAGGAAAUGCAGGGAAAAAAAGAGAACAGCAAGAUUUUUAUUCCUCUGACCUUGAGUGACAGCACAAAAGAAGCCACCAGCUCCAGUCCCUUCUCCUA